UGAAGUAAAACACCAACGAAGAAGAGGAGAACCAGUGUAGUCGUAUUUGAACUGCACUGAUGGGAACGCGGUUUCUGGGGAAUUGGCUGUAGUUUUGAAAAAUAAUCGCGAGAAAAGCAGGAUCCAGGUGGACUGUACAGUUGUAGAAAGAAACAUCGGAGUCCUUAAUGGCUAAUCCAACGUUACAGCAGCCCAGUUUCCUGCUGGCCAACCUGAAAGCCGAUGCUACCACCAAACCUCUCCUGCAGCGAUGCCAGGAUCUGGUGAAGAUCAUAGAUGAGUAUCCUGCAAAGGAGCUGCACCUGAUCUUUCCUUGGCUGGUGGAGAGUGUGUUUGGCAGCCUGGAUGGUGUCAUCGCUGGCUGGAACCUGCGAUUGCUUCAUUCCCGGAGCAACGAGUACAACAUUGUUAUGGACUUCCUAAAUCCCAGUGGUCCAAUGAUGAAACUUGUGUAUAAACUUCAGGCGGAAGAGUACAAAUAUGAAAUACCAAUCAAUUAUCUCCCAGGUCCUGUGAAAGCCUGCAUCCAGGAGGGCGUUCUCCCAGACUGCCCGCUGUUCCACAACAAGCUGCAGUUCCCUCUCUCUGGUCUCCUGACGCUGAACAUCGCUUUCAACCCAUUUGAAUUCUUCAUGUUCAAUUUUGCCUACUGUCUCAUCUCACCAAAGAACUACCCUCCAGGCCAGUACGGGAGCUCCACAGACAGCGCCUACUUUGUGCUGGUGGACACUUACCUGAAGUACUUCCUCCCCACUGAAGGAAGCGUUCCUCCUUCCCCCUUCUCCGACUCCAGAGGCUCUGUUUCUGCUCCUUCACCGAGAUCGUCCAGUGUUUCUUUUGCCAGUUACGGCAUCCAUAGCCCCAGUCUCCUGAAGCAUCACAUAUUCCAUCAGCCCUCAGUGAACGCUGACCCCGCAGCCCAGGAAAUCUGGAGGUCUGAAACCCUGUUACAGAUGUUUGUGGAGAUCUGGCUCCAUCACUACUCCUUGGAAAUGUAUCAGAAGCUGCAGUCUCCUCAGGUAAAGCUGGCGCUGCUGCAGUACCGCCUCAGUAUGUCCAGCAUGCCGUGCCAACCCCACGCCCCACCAGGCUCUGGGACCCUCCACACCUACCAAGUACUUUUACCUUUUCAUUCACCCCCGCCCCUCUGGGGCCUCCUGGAGGAGCCCUUUAGCCCGACGGAGGAGCACGUGCUGGUGGUGCGUCUCCUGGUGAAACACGUACACGCCUUCUCCAACAGCCUGAAGCCUGAGCAGCUGUCGUCCUCGCCCUCCGCCCACUCGCACACCCACACCAGCCCACUGGAAGAGUUUAAGAGGGUGGUGGUGCAGCGCUUUGUGCAGCAGAAGCUGUACCUGUUCCUGCAGCACUGCUUCGGUCACUGGCCUCUGGACGCGUCUUUCAGAGCGGUGUUGGAGACGUGGCUGAGCUACAUCCAGCCCUGGAGAUACACCGGGGAGAAGCCAAACCCUCAGCCCGACCAAAACAGAACCGUGCCUGAAAAAUGGGAGUCCUUUGUUCAUGAGAACCUGCUCAUGUACACGAAGCUCUUCCAGGUGUUUUUGAACCGAGCGGUCAGGACCGAUCUGGUGAAUGCCAAAAAUGCGCUGAUGGUCUUCAGGGUGGCCAAAGUCUUCGCUCAGCCUAACCUGGCAGAAAUGACCCAGAAAGGUGAGCAGCUGUUCCUGGAGCCCGAGCACGUCCUCCACCACCGGCAGCCCCGCGGCUACCUGACGCCAGGACAAGGAGGCAGCUACCUGUCGUCACGGCAGCGGGUGGUGACGGACAUGGUGUUCAAGGUGAAGAGCCACGUCUAC